GUUUCUUAAAGUAGAAAAACAUGUAUUUUUUUUUUUUAGCUUUAAAUGAACGAAACACUCUUUCAACAAGUACGCGACUUUCUUGACCCUAUUUAUGCAAAUAAACCCUCUUUUUCUAAUCGUCCUUUUGUCACACUCACUUUUGCUCAAAGUCUCGAUGGCAAAAUAGCCAAACAGAAUCAACAAGUCUUGAUCAGUGGCAAGGAAAGUAUGGCUAUGACUCACUAUCUACGCACUCUACAUGAUGGUAUUCUGAUAGGCAUUGGUACUGCUCUUGUAGACAAUCCACAGCUAAAUGCGCGUUAUGUAUCUUGUACAAAACGUCAACCACAACCUAUUGUACUUGACCCCUUUCUCAAGUUAGAAUUAGAUUGUAAACUAGUUACAAACUAUCAACAAGGCAUUGGUAAACAGCCUUGGUUAAUUGUGUCUGAAAAGGGCUGUCAAGCAUCUCCAGAAAAGAAAGUAAAACUUGAGAAUGCAGGUGUCAAAUUAGUUUGUGUUCCUACAAGGACUGACCGCAUUCCUUUGGAGCAUGUAUUAGAAGUGUUAAAACAAGAAGGUAUUCAUACAUUAAUGAUUGAAGGAGGAUCAAGAAUUAUUCAGUCUUGUUUAAAAAACGAAUGGGAUCAGUUGAUAGUGACAAUAGGGCCUAUGUUUAUAGGAUCAAAUGGAGUGUCUGCUAUUACUGAUAAUGACAUGGUUCAGUUAGAUCAUGUUCAAUAUCAAACGAUGGGCAAAGAUAUUGUUAUGACAGCGACGAAAUAAAG